UGCGUAAAGGGAAAUUCAGCAGGUGGUCUAAGUGUUCGAUUAAUAACGCUUAACUCCUUUCAAUUAAGAAAUAGUUCCAUAGGACAAUUUGUAUAAUCACAAGCUUUUACAAACCUUUGAGGUUUGAAUCUACUUAAGCCACCCACAAAAUGUCGACUCAAUAGUCUGCGGAAAGAUUUCUGACUGUUAAGACUGGUUUUACAUAUUCUUCAAAUAAAAAAUAAAAGUUUACGCCCGAAAUGAGGCCAUUAAGGCAAAUAGAUUGCUUCAAAGUUAAUAUGAAAUUUUGGAAGUUACUUGCCGUUUGGCCAUCAAACGAUAUGCAAUCUUAUUACCGUUACUAUCAAAUGUUUUUCACGGCGUUCAUUCUUUUAAAUAACUUAUUAACUACAGUAAAUUUUAUUUUCCUUCCGAGACAAUUAGAUAUGUUUAUAGACGAAAUGAUAUUUUAUUUCACGGAGGUAGCUGUGACAUCAAAGUUUUUGACUUUUCUUUUCAUGCACGAAAAAAUUCUAAAGAUUUUGAGUAUUCUCGAGAGUGAUAUGUUUCAGCCUGAUUCAGAAUAUGGCAUUAGAUCAAUCGACAAAGCAAAACAAUUUAAUGUGAGAUAUUUUAAAAUAGUUGCAGCAGUGUCAGCAACUGCUCACUUAUCACAUAUAGUACCGCCAAUAUUAAUACAUUUUAUUUUACAUGUAAAAUUAGAACCCCCUAUAUGCACUUUUUCAUUUUUAUCCGAUGAUACUAAACAAAAAUUUAUUUACCCAUUAUAUGAGUUCCAAGCCCUGUACAUGCAUUCUCAAGUGCUUUUUAAUAUCAGUAUUGAUACGUUUGUUCUCGGUGUAUUGAUAUACGUCAUUGCCCAAUUGGAUAUACUUGACGACAAUUUGCGAAGAGUCACCGAUAUAAACCAAAUAGUCACACCAGCUGAUGACCCAUUACAACGAGCGGAGAAAGAAAACUCAAUAAAGAAACUGAACGAUUCUAUAAUUCAUUAUGGUGAAUUGGGGCAGUUCUGUGACUUGGUCCAAGAUGUAUUUAGUAUAACAUUGUUCGUGCAAUUCAGUGUGGCUUCUUGUAUAAUUUGCGUCGUCCUGUUCAGAUUUACAUUGCCGGCGCCAUGGCAAUACUUCAUAUUUUUGGGAUCGUAUAUGUUCAUUAUGAUCCUUCAAAUUCUGGUACCCUGUUGGUUCGGCACUCGCAUCCAAGAUAAGAGUCAACAGCUAUCCCAGGCCGUGUACGAUUGCGACUGGACCGCUAAGUCUCGCUACUUUAAGAGCAGUCUGCGGCUCCUCGUGGAGCGAACCAACAAACCUCUCUCGAUAACGGCCGGGAAAAUGUUUCCACUCUCGCUUACCACUUUCACUUCUAUUAUGAAUUCUUCGUACUCAUUCUUCACUUUGCUGCGUCACAUGCAAUCUCUCCAAAAUUAGAUAUGUAUCGUAUUAACCUUUUGGCCGCCA